GAAAACAAGGAAAAAAAAAAAGAGAGAGAAAAGAGAAGAAAAGAGAGGAGAAAAAUAAGGAUUUUCAACCCAAAUCAUCAAGUUUGAGGCAAUCCGGAGACUCGAGAACGCAGUUUUGAUUUAUUGGAAAGUGUGCUUGAAUUGUGAAUUUGAGAUACUGUCGUUGAGAACGAGGCUGGUAAUUGAAGAUUUCGUGAGUGGAUUCUGUUGCUGAGAUGGCUAAGAAACGCGCAUCUUCAUCUGCUAAACGUGGUGCUGGACAGAGUGCUACCCGCGGUGGUAGACAAGCUAGUGCUCAUCAGACUAGAGCUCAGACUAGGACUCAGGCCACUCCUCAGCCUGAAGUUGUGAAUGGGGGUCAGCCCCGAGUUGCGUCAGAGCAAGUGGAGGAACAAGUGGUUCAGAACACUCCACCGGCACCAGCUGCUACCCCUACUAUUGCUAUGCCCGCAGAUGUGGUGACCAGAUUAUUGAAUGUGUUGGAGGCAUUGGCGCCUAAUCAUGGUGGAAUUCCAGGUCCUCAGGCUACUUCACAAGCACAAGCUCAAGUUCAGUUGAAUGUUGCAGCUAAUCAGACACCUCAGUUGGCCCCUCAACAGGUUGUCCCGUCUGCAGGGCAAUCUAAGGAGUUUAAGAAUUUCAUGGAUCUUAAGCCACCAGAGUUUGAUGCUUCACCAACUUCUAUUGAACCUCAGAAGUUCAUUGAUCGUUGUGAAAAGAUAUUGACUACGUUGGGGCUGAAGGAGGCUCGUGGUGUGGAAUUUGCCACUUUCUUAUUCUCAGGGUCCGCAGAGUCUUGGUGGAUUUCGAUUCAGAGAGGUAGACAAGCAGGGUUACCACCUAUUACUUGGUCGGGAAUUUUUCCUUGUUUAAGGACGGGUUUAUUCCAUUAA